GGGCCAGGAGAGUCCCGACAGGAGUGUCAGGUUUCAAUCUCAGCACCAGCCACUCAGAGCAGGGCGUGAUGUUGGGGGCCCGCCUCAGGCUCUGGGUCUGUGCCUUGUGCAGCGUCUGCAGCAUGAGCGUCAUCAGAGCCUAUCCCAAUGCCUCCCCAUUGCUCGGCUCCAGCUGGGGUGGCCUGAUCCACCUGUACACAGCCACAGCCAGGAACAGCUACCACCUGCAGAUCCACAAGAAUGGCCACGUGGAUGGCGCACCCCAUCAGACCAUCUACAGUGCCCUGAUGAUCAGAUCAGAGGAUGCUGGCUUUGUGGUGAUUACAGGUGUGAUGAGCAGAAGAUACCUCUGCAUGGAUUUCAGAGGCAACAUUUUUGGAUCACACUAUUUCAACCCGGAGAACUGCAGGUUCCGACACUGGACGCUGGAGAACGGCUACGACGUCUACCACUCUCCUCAGCAUCACUUUCUGGUCAGUCUGGGCCGGGCGAAGAGGGCCUUCCUGCCAGGCAUGAACCCACCCCCCUACUCCCAGUUCCUGUCCCGGAGGAACGAGAUCCCCCUCAUCCACUUCAACACCCCCAGACCACGGCGGCACACCCGGAGCGCCGAGGACGACUCGGAGCGGGACCCCCUGAACGUGCUGAAGCCCCGGGCCCGGAUGACCCCGGCCCCGGCCUCCUGCUCACAGGAGCUCCCGAGCGCCGAGGACAACAGCCCGGUGGCCAGCGACCCGUUAGGGGUGGUCAGGGGCGGUCGGGUGAACACGCACGCUGGGGGAACGGGCCCAGAAGCCUGCCGCCCCUUCCCCAAGUUCAUCUAGGGUGGCUGGAAGGGCACCCUCUUUAACCCAUCCCUCAGCAUAGCAGCUCUUCCCAAGGACCAGCUCCCUUGACGUUCCGAGGAUGGGAAAGGUGACAGGG